UCUCACUGCCAGUCAGAGCGUCUGUUUUUUACCGCGGUGUCGCGCUGCAGGUUGUCAGGGGAAGUGGUGGGCGUUCCUCUGUGUUCGUUAGCUGGCUGUUGAUGCUGCGAAGAUUAUUUUCCUCCACGACAAGUUCUCCCGAUGUUUCUUCCUACGCUUGUGGAGGACAUGCAUCAUUUUAAACCAAGUCGAGACAGAUUGUACACCACUAGGUGCUGUGGAUGUUGCCAUGUCCGGACGGGGACUAUCAUCCUGGGAACAUGGUACAUGGUAGUCAAUCUGUUGAUGGGCAUCCUGCUGACUGUAGCUGUGACCCACCCAGAGAACGUGCCCACUAUUGACUUGCAGUAUGAGGUCAUCGACCAUUACUUUGCCUCUGACAGGAUGUCUGAGAAUGCCUGUGUUGGAUUUGCCAUCUCUCUGCUGAUGCUCACUAUCAGUGCCAUGAUGGUGUAUGGAGCCAUUACUCAUCGUGACGGCUGGCUCAUCCCGUUUUUCUGCUACCAGCUGUUUGACUUUGCACUGAGCUGCCUGGUGGCCAUCAGUUCUCUCACCUACCUACCCAGGAUCAAGGACUACCUGGACCAGCUGCCGGAUUUCCCGUACAAGGACAACCUCCUCUCUCUGGACUCCAGCUGCCUGCUGCUCUUUGUGCUGGUCUUCUUUGCCUUCCUUAUUAUCCUCAAGUCUUACCUGAUCAACUGUGUGUGGAACUGCUACAAGUACAUCAACAACAGGAACAUGCCAGAGAUUGCUGUCUACCCGGCCUUUGAGACCCCUCCCCAGUACAUCCUGCCCACUUAUGAGAUGGCAAUGAAGAUGCCAGAGAAGGAGCCACCUCCCCCUUACAUGCCCGCUUAAGCACCAGCCCUGUUGCCAAAACACACACACACACACACACACACACACACACACACACACACACACACACACACA